UUCUUCAACUUCUCUCUGACGAACAACCAUGGCGGCGAUCGUGAAAACGGAAAUGCAACCCGUAGGAAACAGCCAGUCCUCGAGCCUCGCUUCGCUUUACGUCGGCGAUCUUAGCCCCGACGUGACGGAGGCUGAUCUCACCGCCAAAUUCUCCUUGACUGUCCCCGUCGUCUCCGCUCAUCUCUGCCGCGACUCCGUCACCGGAAAAUCACUGCGUUACGCUUACGUCAACUUCGACUCAGCCAUCACCGCGUCGAACGCUAUGGCGUGCUUGAACCACACCGAUUUGAAGGGGAAGACGAUGCGGAUAAUGUGGUCUCAGAAAGAUGUUGCGUACCGUCGUCGUAGUGGAUUGGGGAAUCUCUUCGUUAAGAAUCUUGACAGCUCCAUCACUAGCAGUUGCUUAGAGCGGAUGUUUAGUCCCUUCGGAGUCAUACUUUCUUGCAAAGUCGCUGAGGAGAAUGGCCAAAGUAAAGGCUUCGGUUUUGUUCAGUUUGCUACGGAGCAAUCUGCUGUUGCUGCUCGUCUUGCCUCCCACGGAUCUAUGGUUGAUGGCAAGAAACUGUUUGUGGCUAAGUUCAUUAACAGGGAUGAAAGAGCUGCUAUGUCUGGGAAUCAAGAGUUCACAAACGUUUAUGUGAAGAAUCUGCUCGAGAGUGUUACAGAGGAUUUUCUCCAUACCAUGUUUUCUCAAUGUGGGACGGUCUCUAGUGUUGUGGUUAUGAGGGAUGGUAUGGGAAGAUCCAGAGGUUUCGGAUUUGUCAACUUCUGCCAUCCAGAGAAUGCAAAGAAAGCUGUGGAAACUCUCAAUGGACAACCACAUGGUUCGAAGAAGUUGUUUGCUGGAAGGGCUUUGAGAAAAGCUGAAAGGAUGGAGAUGCUGAAACAGAAACACAAAGACAACUUUGUUGCCAAGUUCAAUGUUGGUUGGUUUAAUCUGUACGUGAAGAACUUGACCGAAUCAAUGGGCGAAACAAAGCUGCGAGAGAUAUUUGGAAGCUAUGGGAAGAUAGUUUCAGCAAAAGUGAUGCGUGAUGAAAAUGGCAAAAGUAAAGGAUUCGGCUUUGUGGCUUUCUCUACCCUUGACGAGUCCAAACAUGCUAAAAGAGAGCUCCACGGAUUUAUAGUGGAUGGACAGUCACUUGUUGUUCGAGUUGCUGAACGUAAGGAGGAUCGCUUCAAGAGGAUGCAGAAAUAUCAUCCAGUACAAUCUCGCCAUUACAUGCAAGCUGCUCCUGUCCCUUCACCAGCUCAGCCGGUCCCGCCAUCUAUGGAGUACAAGCAAUAUUAUGGAGUGCAGCCACGCAAUUACACGCAAGCUCUUCCUGUGCCUUCACCAGCUCAGCCAGUCCCACCACCGUCUAUGAGCAGCAGCCCAUAUGGUUACUUGCAGCCAUUCCAUAUUGGAGCAUACUAUUACCCUAUGGCCACUCAGUUACCACAGAUGUCGGGUCACCAAAACUUGACCACCUACGUUCCCGCUGGCCAAGCUCAUCUGAAGGAGAAAAGAUCAGUUCAACUAGUCUACAAACGCCCGGGUUACACCACCUUUGUCAAGAGUGGUGCUAAACAGAAACUGGUCUUUAAGGGGCAAGGUGACAAAAAUUUAGAGGCAGGCACUUGCUCCACCAAAGCGAAGACAUCUGCUGAAAAACGUAAAGAAGUAUCAUCGCAUUUGAUGGCAAUGUUGACACCAAAUAGGAAUGCUGCACAGAAUUUAGCAACACUUGAAGUUGCUUAGCAUUUGCCUUCCGGCCCCCUCCUGCUGUGGCUUGAUCUUUUCUUACUCUACUUAGGAACUCUACUAUGUUCAUUUUAACCGUUCAAGAACUUCUAUCUUUUGUUUUUGUACAAACGAACAAAGCACAAGAAGUGUUGGUUGUAUAUAG